AUGAUGUUGGAAGAAUUGUUCACGGGCCAUGAAUCUUUUUGGCAUAGAAGAUUCCACGCUGCAAAACACUACGGCCAGCGAGACUACGGCCGAGAUAUCUUGGUUAAAAUCAUUAUCGCCGAUUACAAGCUUCGUAUGAACGCCCAGCAGCAGGAAAGGAUCAAAAGGAAAAUUGGCAGUGCCUGCACGUCUGGCGACUCCAACAAGAAUCUGGUCAAAGAUUUGCAUAGUCAACUUUACAAUGUUCGACUUGAGUGGAACGAAGUGUCAUACAAACUCUACGAAGCAGAAUCCAUGCUUGAUGCAUACCCAUCGAAGCAUAACUACGAAUAUUUGCACAAGAACCCCAGAUGGUACAUGCGCAAAGAGCUGAUUACAGAUUGUGAUGUUGCAGUCGUGGCUGUGGCUGUUGUGCGCUCCGUGCUACGAAUUCUUAUGAGAGAGGCACAGGCCAUUGCAAAGUGGAAUGCUCAUGCUGCGUUAGCCAUCGAGGCUCUGAACCGACUAGAAUUGAAAAGGCGGAGAUAUUCAGCGGAAUGA